CUUGUAAUUCCCUAUUAAUACAUCAUUUAUGUGUGCACAUAUAUGUACAUCUACAAAAGCAUGUAUAGCAUAUAGUGUGUUUUCCGGCCUUAUUCUCUAGAUAGUCUAGAACGAUCGUAGCCAUUUGCAAUUCAGAGUCGGAAAAAAUGUCGCUUCUCCAGGGCUUCUUCAAUCGCUUCGUACCCAGUGUUAAGGCGGACGACGAGGAACCUGAAUUGGUCGAUCCUCAAAAAGUGCUUCGUGAGAAAUGCGCACAGCAGCCAAGUUGUGUUAGUCUUCAGGAGAAGCUUAAUACAUGUAAUGAUCGUGUAAAUUCAAGAACCCAAACAGCCGAAACCUGCUUGGAGGAGUUGUUUGACUAUGUACACUGUGUGGAUCAUUGCGCUGCCAAGACACUCUUUAGCAAACUGAAAUAAAUUAAUUGUUUGGCAAUUGGUUACUAGAUCUUGAAUUAAGUAUUCAUAGUUCGAUCUGCCAUGAUGUAUAUAAGAUUUGAAAUUAGAAAUAAAUAAGAUAAAAUCAAGAGUA